AUGUAUCAGCAUUCAUCAAAAUUUUAUGUAUUCAGUGGUGUUUGGAUCAGUGCCGGAGCAUGGCCAGAUUUGGUAACACCAGGUCCGUCGUGGCGGCCUGUCGGCCCUUCUUUCACAAAAUAUGGCUGGUCGGUUUGUUUUUGGGUCCUUGUCGUGUCAUUUCAGUAUGGUUAUCAUACCUCCGCUCUCAAUCAAAUUCAAGCCGUUUUGACAUGUCGUGAAUAUGACGAAAAUACACCCUUCCAUCACGGGCUGCCCACUUGCAUUCCUAUGUCGGAUACUGCGUUUUCAGUCGUGACGGCUAUUUUCACUAUCGGAGGGCUUUGUGGCAGUCUCUCUUCAAAUAUCGCAAUGGACCGUUGGGGCAGGAAAGGUGCUUCUCGUCUGAGUGCUGUUCUCACUGCCUCAGGUGCCUGUAUGUCGGGACUAUCCCCCUCCGUAGCUCCCCUAAUACUGGGAAGAUUUCUGGUUGGAGCAGGGGCUGGUAUAGGUCUUUGCGUGGGCCCCAUUUACCUUUCUGAGAUUGCCCCUUCUAAGCUCAAGGGAAACAUAGGGGUUCUCACCCAAUUAGCCAUAGUCAUUGGUAUCAUGUUCACACAGGCGUUGGGACUACGUCUUGCAACUUCAACACAAUGGCGAUAUGUGCUGUUAAUAUCUUGUGCCCUAUCCGCUAUUCAAUUAUUCUCCAGCCCCUUCGUAGUCGAGUCUCCUGUUUAUUUGAAUAGACAGGGUCUCAUAGAUGAACAGAAGUUAGCUAUCGGAAGGAUUUGGGGAACUAGCAGAAGUACUCUUCGCCCAGACCCCGAGAGAAAUGACAGUGAACAGCCUUUAUUAUCAAAUACCGAUGAUCAUGAGGAAGGCCAUCAUGAAACUGCUGUGACUGUACCUCGUCUUCUCGUAACUCCGGAGCUCCGCAGACCACUGCUUAUCAUUGUAUUCGCUAUGCUCACCCAGCAAUUAUCCGGCAUCAAUGCAGUUUUAUAUUACAGCAACGAUAUACUCUCUAAGUCGUUACCUGAGGUUGGGCCAUAUGUUUCCUUGGGAAUAACCGUCAUGAAUGCCUUGAUGACCUUUCCUCCAAUCUUUCUCAUUGAGCGUGUUGGGAGAAAGCAACUUUUCCAGAUGUCUGUUGCUGGGGCAAUACUCUCGCAUGCAGUUGUCGGUCUAGGAUUAAACUCAGGGCUUGUCGCAUUGUCGAGUGUUGCCAUCAUCACAUUCGUCAUGUCGUUCGCUAUCGGUCUUGGUCCUAUUCCAUUUGUUAUCAUUCCUGAGGUUGCACCUGCUCAUGCUGUUUCCGCCGUGUCGUCUGUAGGCUUGUCUCUGAACUGGGUCGCCAAUUUUAUCGUCGGUUUACUCUUUCUUCCUGUUCGUAAUCUGCUCGCUUCGGGUGAUCCAUCGAAGGAAGGAAGGGUUUUCUAUGUCUUCGCAGUUGUUUUGUUCUUGACUGCCUCUGCUCUUUCGCGGGUGUAUAGAGGGUGAUAAGACCGUGUAGCAUACUGGACUGCUCAUUUACAUCCUACUUUUCGGUUUAUGGCUACAGCGUUUGGCCAUUCAUGUACAAUAUUUCCCCUGAACAUCAAUACAUUACAUAAGCG